AUGAUAACAACAACUCCUGCAUUAAUUGAAGGGAGCUACUAUCCUGAUUGCAAUGUCAGUUUGAGUGCAUUCGCAUUCUUGUUCUCGGAGGUGGUUCAAUACAACCAGACACAAGUUGACAACAUUGCUGACCUGGAACGAAGGCUGGAGGACGCUGGUUAUGCUGUUGGUGCUAGAGUUCUUGAACUGCUGUGUCACAGGGAGAAGGGGAAUAGACGAGAGACUCGACUGCUGGGGAUUUUAUCAUUCAUUCACAGCACUGUAUGGAAAGUACUGUUCGGAAAGGUGGCUGACUCGCUUGAGAAAGGAACAGAACAUGAGGAUGAAUACAUGAUUAGUGAAAAGGAGCUUCUUGUUAACCGGUUCAUUUCCGUGCCAAAAGACAUGGGGGCAUUCAACUGUGGAGCUUUUGUUGCAGGGAUUGUAAGGGGCGUAUUGGACAAUGCUGGUUUUCCAGCGGUAGUUACGGCACAUUUUGUGCCAAUUGAAGGCCAGCAGAGGCCCAGGACAACAAUCUUGAUUAAAUUUGCUGAAGAGGUUUUACGUCGGGAAUCAAGACUUGGCUGAAAUGCACACCAGGCUAUUUCUUCUGUUCUGUUUGUAAGAUGAAUCCAUUUCAAAUAUGUUUUGUUCUUGAUUUAUGUAAUACUAAUAUACUGGUAAUUUUCCAUCGAAAAGGUAUACUGGUAAUUUUGAGAAUAUAAGCAGUAGCCUCAUUUUAUGAGUGUCUAA